AUGUUCAUCAAGAGGACAUUUCACGUUGUUAACACAAUAGCAGUUUUAGUCAUCGGAUUCUAUGCAGCUCAGUCUAUCGAUAAGAAUGUUGGGCCCAUAAAAUGCUACAAUUGCACUGACUGCUUCACUGUUAAUGCAAACACAAGCAUAGUGGAUGGUUGUGGUGGAUGUACAAUAAAAGCCACUGUCACCGAUAUUGUGCGAGGGUGUGUUGCAUCAUGUACGCCUGAAAAUUUUCAUGGGCCAUAUUGUUGUACUACAAACCUUUGCAACAACAGAAAAGAAUUCAAAGAAAUGCCAGAUAUUCUAGAACAUCAAAACAGUGAUAGUCAACUUCCUGUUCUUCCACAACAAACCACACCAUCAGUGUUGAAAGUAGUAUCAACUACUACACUGACAAACACUCAGAUGAUGCUGAUGUAA